CGGCAACGCCUGGCCGAAAAAUAAAACAGAUGUUCUCAUACGGAAAGCAAGAUCGUAAAAAAGUCUCUCUAGAAAAAGACGAAAUUUGUAGUCCUUUACAGCUUUAGGAGAAGAUCGAUAGCCAAUAUGGCUUUAGUACAGUCUACUUCGUACGAAUUUGACCAGCUAGCACAACGGAGGGAUUUUUUAGCAAGAAUUUUUCGACCCCCAGAAACAUCAGAGGACGAAACCCACAGCGAUUCCUGCUCAGAUUCGGAAUUCGAUGAUGAUCAAGCAGGUUGCGAAUGGCGCUGGCAUUCUAGCUCUGGUCCUUCCACGGCACUGAAACAUGAGGGGCGUGAGGUUGUGUUCCAUCCUGAUUACAGCUGUGGAACGGCAGCCACCAAGGGGGAGGAGCCACUUUUUGAUGGUGGUGUGCAUUACUGGGAGGUCAAGAUGACAAGUGCUGUUUAUGGCACUGAUAUGAUGGUCGGCGUAGGGACUAAGGACACUGACCUUGAACGCUACCGGAGCUCCUUCUGUAGUAUCCUAGGACGGGAUCAGGACAGUUGGGGACUAUCCUACUUUGGGACCUUCCACCACGACGGCCUCACCCACGACUACACCACCAAGUUCGACCGGGGUACUACCAUCGGCAUCCAUGUAGACACCUGGAGCGGUCGCCUCACCUUCUUGCGGGACGACCAGCCUCUAGGUGUGGCCGCGGAGGGGCUGAAGGGGAAAGAGCUGUACCCCAUGGUCUCAUCAACGGCGGCGAGGACCAAGAUGAGACUGACUCGAAGCACUUCUUUAAAGCACUCGUUACAGUACUUGUGCUGUGAGGCAAUAGGGAAAGCAUUAUCCCACCCGAACAACGUCCAUGACUUGCCCUUGCCACCAGGGGUGAAGAAACACCUUGCGAAAGAGUUGAACUGGAUUUUAAAGGUCACAGCUCAACCCAAGCCAAAAGAGGAUGGCGUGUGGGACUCAAAGCGCAAAAGGAAAUGCUGAAAAUGUAUCUUAUAAAUUAUGUACAAUUGGUAUUAUGUUAGGGCAGGGUGUUGUGAAUUUGUUGUUCUGAAUUGUUUGGACUUCUGUAGAUAAAUAUAGAGUUUUAUAUUCGAAACAAUGAAGUUUGUUUAGUAAAAUACAUUGAAAAAAGGUUUUAGUUAGCGUUACUUGUGAAGACAAUGAUAUAUUUAUGUUAGAUUCCAAAAUCGAAAAGUUUAUUAUUAUAUAUUAUUAUUUUUAGAAAGUUUGCAAAAUGUUCAGUGAUCAGCGCCAAUCGACGAAUUUGAAUUCGUCUCAAAGUUGCAUUUGUUCUAUUUUCUUUCGCAAAUUAAUGCCAAAAAUAUUUAUCAGCGCUCUGUGUAUAAGCAAUAAUUCAAUUCAAAUAAAAAAAACAAAGUGAAUUUUAUACAACCAAAUUGAAAAUAUAGGGAAUUAAUUUUGUUUAUAGUUCAGAGUGCGCAAAUUGAAAUAUUAAAUACAGACUGACUAUGAAAAUGCGAAUUUUGAUCGAAACUUCGUCAAUAAAGACGGUUCGGCGUUAUUGUCAGUUGCUCUUAUUCUCUGAAGGAAAAAAAAUGUCUUUUCCCUUAUAUAUUUUUUUUGCUAUGCAUAUCUUCGAAGUAUUUGCUGUUUUAAUUUUUGCACUCACAAUGUCGUUGCAAAGUAAAAUGUGAGGAUUUUGUUAUAUUUAGUUUUAUGACUAAAUAGUGUGACAUAUACCGACACCGUUGAAGCGAUAAUUAAAGUUUUGAUUGACAAAAAUUUAA